GAGGGCAGUGUGACUCUGAGCUGUGCUGUAGCCGGUUGGAAUAAAACAAUUAAUUGGUUCAGACAAAAAUUUUACCCUGGAUCUAAAUGGGAAAAUAUUGCAAAAGUGGAACAAACUAUCAGUGUCUCUGUUGGAGGAGUGUACUCAUGCAGAGGGAAGGACAAUCAUGUCAUCACAAAACUAAGUGAUGAAGUCACUGUUAAGAAAACUGUCCCCACUGUGAGUCCAAGUCAGUUGGAGGUAUUUGUGGGAGAGAGUCUGAGUCUGAGCUGUGAGGUGGAGGGAGCAGACACACAGUGGACCUAUCAGUGGAACAGGAACAGACCAAACCUACGUCCAACAACCAGAGAAUACAGAGUGUCCAGAGUGACUGAGUCUGACACAGGAGCCUACAGCUGCAGAGCCCAGAGAGACCCACACCUCAUCACUGUGUGGAGCACCAGCACCACUGUCACUGUACACAAUGCCAAUCUGAAGCUGCAGACUCCAGUCCAGUCUGUGUAUCAGGGGGACUCAGUGACUCUGGUCUGUUCUGGUCCUGCUCAGAGACAGUUACUCUUCUUUAAAGAUUGGAAAACCUGUUUCAACAUCAGNACAUUAAUCCUGCAAGUCACUGUCAAACAAACUGUGUCUGUGCGUCCAAACUGGCCUGUGUUAUUUGUGGGAGAGAGUCUGACUCUCAGCUGUGAGGUGGAGGGAGCAGACACACAGUGGACCUAUGAGUGGAGCAGGAGCAGACUGAACCCACCUCCAACAACCAGAGAAUACACAGUGUCCAGAGUGACUGAGUCUGACACAGGAGCCUACAGCUGCAGAGCCCAGAGAGGCCCACACCUCACCACUGUGUGGAGCACCACCACUGUCACUGUACACAAUGCCAAUCUGAACCUGCAGACUCCAGUCCAGUCUGUGUAUCAGGGGGACUCAGUGACUCUGGUCUGUUCUGGUCCUGCUCAGAGACAGUUACUCUUCUUUAAAGAUGGAAAACCUGUUCAACAUCAGCCUCAGCAUGAACCUACAACAACAGUCCAACUGAAAAUCAGUACAGUGUCAAAAGCAAACCAGGGUCAGUACUCCUGUGGGAUCAGUGAGGAAGUACAAUCACACAACUGGACACUCACAGUAAAAGAAACAAAACGCAGUGUCCUUGUGACACCAUUGUCCUCAGUUAUCCCAGUAGGGGGCAGUGUGACUCUGAGCUGUUACAUAGACGGGUUUACAGGGGGAUACACAUGGUUCAGGGGUAGUUAUUCUCAAACUGAAACAUUAAGUGAGACCUCACAGAGAGUCAGUGUCUCCAGAGGAGGAGAAUACAGCUGCAGAGGACAGGACCAGUUCAUCCUCACACCUCAAAGUCCUGCAGUCACUGUCAAACAAACUGUUCCCAACACAGUGUCUCUGACUCCAAACUGGUCUGUGUUAUUUGUGGGAGAGAGUCUGAGUCUGAGCUGUGAGGUGAAGGGAGCAGACACACAGUGGACCUAUCAGUGGAACAGGAACAGACUGAACCUACGUCCAACAACCAGAGAAUACAGAGUGUCCAGAGUGACUGAGUCUGACACAGGAGCCUACAGCUGCAGAGCCCAGAGAGACCCACACCUCAUCACUGUGUGGAGCACCAGCACCACUGUCACUGUACACAACAAACCUCAGGUCACAGUGAGUGGACUCCCAGAGGUGAAGACAGGGGGCAGUGUGGAGCUGCUCUGCUCUGUCUCUCCACUUUCCUUUGGGUGGAAAUAUGAGUGGAGCAGAAAUGAGCAGCUCUUUAAACAGUCUUCAUCUGAGGCACAGGUGUCAGUGUCAGAGGGAGGGGAGUACCAGUGCAGAGCCAGCAGAGGAGAGCCUCCCUACUUCACAGAGCACAGCCACAAGUUCACACUCAGAGCCACUGGUCAGUUUGACUCUAACAUGUCUCUUAUACUACCAGAUGUGUGUGCAGUACAUGUACUUUUGUAUGGUGAUCUCCUGUGUAACUGUGUGUCCAGACUCCAGAGUGCCCUCUCUCUCUGUGGAGCCUCCCCUGGUCUCAGCUGUUCCCUGGAGAGCAGUUCUCUCUCACCUGUAGCGCUCAUGGAGCAGGUGCUGAGUGGAUGUUUGAAUGGAGGAGAUCAGAACAGAGUCUGGAGCACACACAAAGAGAAAUGACCAUCAGAGCAGCAGUGACACACAGAGGCUCCUACAGGUGCAGAGGAGUCCUGCCCCACACAGUCACUGAGUGGAGCCGCCCCCUCACACUAAAUGUGUCUGACAGAGUCCCCCAUCCUGUCCUGUCAGUGUCUGUGUCCUGGCUCAGUCCUGGGGCCUCUGUCUCUCUGAGCUGUGCUGUGACAGCGCCCUCUGCAGGAUGGAGCUUUCACUGGUACAGGGCUGUUCCUCACUCACAGUCUUACA